UCCAUUCAAUGCAGCCAACAUUUCGGCCCAGAAAAUCCCUGGUUCUGCGGCUGUGUUUAUUACGUAAAUAUCACCUAUAAAACGUCAAUUUUAAGUGCAAGAAUAGAGCUAAGCAAGAUGUUGCGCUCAGCGUUGGUGCCGUGUACCCAGAAUCUGGCCGUGAGCAAUGCCAUCAAAGCCCUGUGCAAUGGCAGCAGCAUCGCAGGCUUGGCCAAGAGGGAGCAGUCUACGAAAGCUGCAGUGAAAUCAGAGUACAAACCCUACUCCCCGUUCCAAAAGACCAGCAACAUGGCUGAAUACACCAUGGCUCGAUUGGACGAUCUUCUCAAUUGGGGCAGAAAGAGCUCCAUGUGGCCAAUGACCUUCGGUCUGGCCUGCUGCGCCGUGGAGAUGAUGCACAUCGCCGCCCCCAGAUAUGACAUGGACAGGUAUGGAGUGGUGUUCAGAGCUUCCCCCAGGCAAGCCGAUGUUAUCAUCGUUGCUGGAACUGUUACCAAUAAAAUGGCACCGGCUCUGAGGAAAGUUUAUGAUCAAAUGCCAGAACCGAGAUGGGUUAUUUCCAUGGGUUCCUGCGCCAACGGCGGUGGCUACUACCAUUAUUCCUACUCUGUUGUGAGAGGUUGCGAUAGGAUUAUCCCCGUGGACAUUUACGUGCCCGGUUGUCCACCGACGGCGGAAGCCCUCAUGUACGGAGUUCUGCAGCUGCAGAAGAAAAUUAAGCGAAUGAACACAAUACAGAUGUGGUACAGGAAGUAAAAUAAUGCAUACGCACUUGUGCAAACUAGAUAAUUUAUGACAUCGUCCUAAUAAAAGCUCUGUAAAUAUUUAAUAGGAGAUACCCACGUUGUACUUUACCUCUGUGAAUGUUGAUAUAAUAAUCAUCUUCUAUCGAAACGAAAA